AUGGCGGCCCCGGCGCCUCACGUCGCGGUGCUCGCCGUCCUCCUCCUCCUCGCGCGCCUCGCCGCCGCGCAGCCGACCAAGGGCGCCAAGGCCUUCUGCAUUAGCCAGUUCGCCAUCGCCAGCCAGGCCUGCUCCAUCCUGCCGCCGAGCCCACCCGACGAGCACCACAGCCACGAGGACGAGGAGGACGAAGAAGACGAGCACGAGGGCGAGGAGCACCACCAUGCCCGCGACCGGCGUCGCAGCAGCCACCACGCGGCGGCCGCCAUCAGCAUCUCGUCCCUGAUGGCGCGGAGUAACGGCAGCCACGGCGUCUCCGGGAACCGCACCGUUGGUCACCACCAACACCAGGGCGGCAACCGCACCCGCGGCGGCCACGGGCGCGGGCGCGGUCGAGGCCGCGGGCGUGGCGGGCGCCGUGGCCGUCUGCGCGACGGCGAGGACGACCACCAUGACGCCGACGAUCCUGACCACGACGAUGAUCAUAAAGACGACGACCAGCAUGAUGCCGACGAUGAUCAUAAGGACGACGACGGACAUCAGGACGAGGAUGAUCACCAAGACGACGACGAAGACCACCACAACACUGACGACCCGGACCACGACGAUGACCACGAGGACAAGGACGAGGACGAGGACGACGAGGAGGACGAUGAAGAUGAAGACCACGACGAACACCACCACGACGAGGAGCUCCGCGCGUACCGCGACUGCUGCCGAUGGCUCAAGGAGGUGCAGAAGGACUGCGUCUGCGAGGCGCUGCUGCGGCUGCCCCCCUUCCUCGUCAAGCCGCAGCACACUUACGUGGUCAGGGUCGGGAGGACGUGCAAGAUCACCUACCGCUGCGGCGGCGUCUAG